UCUUUUUCUUGGGUGCAUAACUACUCUUAUCUUUUUUUUAAAAAAAUUCACAUGGAGUAGUUGGUGACAUAGUAAAUAAUGAAAUUAGUACUAUAUAUAUAACCCUCCAUUCAUAACCUCAUUUGUCAUUGGUACAAGGUCUAAUAUACUUGUACACUUUAUUAUAAACAUUUUGAUUUUUUUGAGAUUAGAAAAUAGUCUAUAAGCAUGAAUACAUCAAUGGUAGCUUCUUUGUUGGUUCUAUUGUUGGCUUUUCCCUAUGUAUUUGCAACUGACUUUACUGUUGGUGAUGCCAAUGGAUGGACUCAAGGGGUUGAUUAUACUACCUGGACUUCUGGCAAAACUUUCAAAGUUGGUGAUAACUUAGUGUUCAAAUAUGGUUCUGUCCAUCAAGUGAAUGAAGUUGAUGAGAGUGGAUACAAAGGUUGUGAUUCAAGCAAUACAAUAAAAAAAUAUGAAGAUGGAAACUCUAAGGUACCAUUGAGUAAAACAGGUAAAAUAUACUUCAUAUGUCCUACACCAGGACAUUGUACUAGUACUGGUGGCAUGAAACUUGAAGUUAAUGUUGUUGCUGCUAGCACCUCCCCAAGUGGAAGUGGCACCCCCUCACCAUCUACUCCAAAAGAAAGUCCAACAACAACUCCAUCUACAACUCCUUCAACUUCAAACACAACUUCUCCACCACCACCACCAAAAGAUAGUGGAGCAAUUAGUGUUUCAAAUGGAAUUAGUCUUUUAAUUGGGUCAUUCUUUAUCAUUUUGGGCUUUAUGGGCUAGGGAAGAGACAGUGCAGUGCUAUUAUUAAUUAAUCACUUUAAUUUUAUAUGUUUUGUUUUGUUGAAUUUGCUUGAAUUUCAUUUAAAGAUGUGAGUUGUAUAUUUGAUCUUGAGUUUGAUGUGUAUCAAUCAACCUUUAAUGAAAAGAAAAAAAUAACAUUUCUUUUUUAUGA